AUGCUACAGUCAUCUUCUUCUCCCCUCGGCCUGGCUUCUGCUACAAAUCGCCGUCGACUCAUCUACUUGCGACGCUGUAUCAAUCUCCCUUUUCAAACCCAACGAAUCACAACAUUCUUCCACCGUUAUUCCUCUUCCGCAGCCUCUACAACGCCUAGAGCAGCCGGUCGCUGUGAUAUUCUUGGGACCCUCGUCUCCAAUGCCAGUUCUCUUAGCCAAACCCAACAGUGCCACGCCUUUGCUCUCCUCAACGGCUUUCUCCCUCGGCAUUUUUCCCUCACCACUUCUCUCAUCCUCCGGUAUGCUGCUUUGCGCCCCUGCCCGGCGACGACGUUUCGUCGUCUGUUCGAGGAAGCUCUUCCGUUUUCUUUCUCUGCCUUCUUGUGGAACACCCUCAUCAGGGCUCAGUCGGUUGCCCGAGUGAGAGAUGAUUUCGAAGUUUAUAAUCGGAUGGUGAGAAGCGGGGUUAGACCCGAUGAUUACACAUUCCCUUUCGUCCUCAAGGCGUGCGCGGAUAGCGGGAGUGUGGAGAAGGGUCUGGAGGUUCAUGGAGCCGUAUUUAAAUGUGGGUUUGAUUGGGAUGUGUUUGUUGGGAAUACCCUUUUGCUGUUUUAUGGGGAUUGUGUAGAUGUGAGGGACGCUGGGAAGGUGUUUGAUGAAAUGCUUGAGAGAGACGUCGUGUCUUGGAAUACCGCUAUUGGCGUGUUCUCUGUCGGUGGGUUUUAUGAGGAGGCUUUCGAUUUGUUUCUGAAGAUGAAUUUGAUUUCGGGACUUAUGCCCAACGUUGCCACUCUUGUCACUGUGUUGCCUGUUUGUGCUGGACUUGGGGAUGAGGUAACGACAAUGCAGAUUCAUUGUUAUACUGUCAAGGUUGGGCUGGAUUCUCAAGUUACCGUAGGAAAUUCUCUGGUAGAUGGUUAUGGGAAAUGUGGGGAGUUAGAGGCUUCAAGGAGAGUUUUUGAUGAAAUGGUGGAGAAGAAUGAGGUUUCCUGGAAUGCUGUCAUUGCAAGUCUUACUUAUUCGGGUCAUAGUACUAAUGCAUUGAACACGUUUAAAUCGAUGAUCGACAAUCAUAUGAAGCCAAAUUCUGUCACCAUCUCUAGCAUAAUGCCAGUUUUGGUUGAGCUGAGAAAUUUGGACUUCGGGAGGGAAAUCCAUGGGUUUAGUGUAAGACAUGGUAUUGACUCAGAUAUUUUUGUUUCCAACUCAUUGAUUGACAUGUAUGCCAAAUCAGGGCAAUCGACUAAAGCAUCCAAUGUAUUCCACCAAAUGCGUGAAAAGAAUGUGGUUUCUUGGAAUGCAUUGAUUGCCAAUUUAGCCCAGAAUAGGCAGCAAUUAGCUGCAAUACAGUUGGUUAGACAAAUGCAUUUUGCAGGAGAAAUUGGCAAUUCAGUGACUUUCACCAACGUUCUCCCUGCUUGCGGAAGAUUGAGAUUACUUGAUGCUGGAAGAGAGAUCCAUGCAAGGACCAUUCGCAUGGGAUGCUACUUUGAUAUUUUUGUCUCCAAUGCUUUGACAGACAUUUAUGCAAAAUGUGGUUGCUUACACCUUGCUCAAACUGUAUUCAACACCAGUCUUAGAGAUGAUGUAUCUCAUAACAUCCUAAUUAUAGGCUACUCCCAAACAAGUGAGUGCUCAAAAUCACUUGAUUUAUUCAAGGAGAUGGCACAUGCAGGUUUGAAACAUGACGUCAUCUCGUACGUAGGUGCUAUUUCAGCUUGUGCCAAUCUACCUGCACUAGAUAUUGGGAAGCAGAUACAUGGGUUUGUAGUGAGGCAGUAUAUGAACCCACAUCUUUUCAUCUGUAAUGCCCUGCUGGAUUUCUACACCAAAUGUGGGAAGAUUGAUAUUGCAGACAAGGUAUUCAGUGGAAUCUCAAACAAAGAUGCGGCCUCCUGGAAUACUAUGAUCCUAGGAAGAGGAAUGCUAGGUGAACUGGAUAUAGCCUUUGAUCUCUUCAGAGCAAUGAAAGAAGAUGGUGUGCAAUAUGAUUCAGUCUCAUAUCUUGCUGUCUUAUCAGCUUGUAGUCAUGGAGGUCUGGUUGCCGAGGGAAAGGCCUACUUUGAUGAAAUGGUGUCUCAGAACAUCAAACCGACACAAAUGCACUAUGCGUGUAUGGUGGAUCUCCUUGGCCGGGCUGCACUAAUUGAUGAAGCAGCUAAAUUUGUAGAAAGCAUGCCAGAGGAGCCAGAUGCAAACGUGUGGGGUUCUUUGCUUGGUGCAUGCAGGCUCCAUGGGAAUAUGGAGUUGGCAUGCUGGGCAGCUGACCAUUUGUUCAAGCUGAAACCCACACACUCCGGGUACUACGCGAUGCUUUCAAACAUAUAUGCAGAAGCUGGGAAAUGGGAUGAGGCGAACUCGGUGAGGAAGCUUAUGAAGUUAAAUAAGGCAACUAAAACUCCUGGGUUCAGUUGGGUUCACAUUGAUGACCAAGUUCAUGCUUUCAUUGCUGGAGACAGACUACAGCAAUUUGAUUCACGUGUUUGUCAACGUGAGUUCUAA